AUGUCGGCCCUCAAUUGGAAGCCCUUUGUGUACGGAGGGUUGGCCUCCAUCACGGCUGAAUGUGGUACAUUUCCAAUUGAUUUAACUAAGACACGGCUCCAGAUUCAAGGCCAGACGAAUGAUGCGAACUUUAAAGAAAUUCGAUAUCGAGGAAUGUUGCAUGCAUUAGUGAGGAUAGGCAGAGAAGAAGGCCUGAAAGCUUUGUAUUCUGGGAUUGCCCCUGCGAUGUUACGCCAGGCUUCCUAUGGCACCAUCAAAAUAGGCACUUACCAGAGCUUGAAGCGAUUAUUUGUGGAACGCCCUGAAGAUGAAACCCUUCUGAUAAAUGUGGUCUGUGGAAUUCUCUCUGGAGUCAUGUCCUCAGCCAUUGCCAAUCCAACUGAUGUUUUGAAAAUACGGAUGCAAGCACAAAACAACACCAUUCAAGGAGGAAUGAUAGGCAACUUUAUUAACAUUUACCAGCAAGAGGGAACGAGAGGACUAUGGAAGGGCGUGUCUCUAACUGCUCAGAGGGCUGCUAUCGUCGUUGGUGUGGAGCUACCAGUCUAUGACAUCACCAAGAAGCAUCUGAUUCUGUCGGGCCUGAUGGGAGACACUGUGUAUACUCACUUCCUCUCAAGCUUCACCUGUGGUCUGGCAGGGGCUCUGGCCUCCAAUCCUGUGGAUGUUGUAAGGACACGUAUGAUGAAUCAGAGAGUCCUUCGUGAUGGCAGAUGCUCUGGGUACACAGGUACCCUGGAUUGCUUGUUACAGACAUGGAAGAAAGAAGGAUUUUUUGCUCUAUAUAAAGGGUUUUGGCCAAAUUGGUUGAGACUUGGUCCUUGGAAUAUCAUUUUCUUUGUGACAUAUGAGCAGCUGAAGAAAUUGGAUUUAUGA